UUGUGAACUUUGCACCAACCCCCGGUGCGUGUCGAUCGCCCAUUCUUUCAAGAAUUAUGUUUACAUUUUGCCGGUUACUGCAUAAAAUGCCAGUUUCAGCAAAGAAAACCACAUUCCCCUAUGGUUAAGACCAUGUGAAAGCAAGGGAGGAUGUAGGAACACAUAGUCAUGCUUUUAGUCUAUGGCCAGUUAUUGAACAUAUUUCUGCAUCAGUGAUCAUCCGAUAAAGAAGCAACUUGCUGCAUUUCCUCACACAAUACUACAUUCAUGUGGACAUCAAUAGCACCAGCCCGCCAAAUUUCUUAGCAUGUAAAUUGCAAAGAAAACAAAAAGAGUCAAAAGCCGAAGAAGAUGAGCCAAAUGCUGGGACAGAAACAAUUGUUCUUCUUCUGCAUAGUGUUGGCAGUCUUCACUCUGACUGGGUUCGGAUUUUAUCUCAACUCUGGCAUCUUUUUUUACACCAACUUAUUACAAAAUAAUGUCAACACGAGGCAAUUCAAUGGUGAAGAAUUAAGAAAAUUGUACAAUUCUGAACUGUCUAAUUCUACUUCAACAAAUCAGUCUACUUCCAUUUCAAAAUAUCAGACAACAUUAGCAAGUAGUUUUCUAAAUCAAUCAGCACUUUCUUCUCAAUCGUCUGGAAAUCAAACGACCGUAAAAACAGGAAAUGAAUCUCAAAAUCUUCAGGGAAUUACCAAAUUGAAUGAAACUGCAAACACAAAAGUGAAAACAGAAAAACACACAGAGGUGGCCAGGGCUCCUGUGACCACUUCGGAUAAACUAAAAUUGCCAAGUGAUACAAAACUGCUAGAUACUGAGAGGAAGUCAAAAGUUGAAACAACGGAUGCCUUGUAUACCAACCAUGGCUAUUUAUCCGUGUUGGAUCAAACAAAGAAACUGAAUCUUCACUGUGCGCAAUGUGCCUUUGUGUCCAGCUCUGGACAACUUCUGAAAUCCGGCGCCGGCUAUCUUAUCGACGAAGCUGACUGCGUCUUUCGAAUGAACAAUGCACCGGCCUCCGGAUACGAGGAAGAUGUCGGGUCUCGGACAACGGUACGAGUUAUUGCUCAUUCGUCAACUCCUCACCUUAAAAAGAACCCAAAGUAUCUAGUGGAUAUACCGAGUCCGACUGAGUACGUUGUUGGAUGGGGACCGGCCAAAGCCCUGAGUACAACUGGAUCUGGAUUUGCAUUUAAUACUCUGAAAGCCUCAGCUGAGAAGUAUAAGAAGACAGGAUUCUUUUAUCUAACGCAGGAACAGAUGAACAAAGCGGAUGAAAUAUUUGAAGCUGAAACUGGUGUCCCAAGGAUGAAGUCUGGGACCCAUUUGAGUACAGGAUGGUUCACCAUGUUGCUAGCCCGUAACGUGUGCGAUGAGAUUCAUAUUUAUGGAAUGGUAAAUGACCAGUACUGCCAAAAUGAAACAAACAAGGAGGUUCCUUAUCACUACUAUGACACAGCCGGCCUCAAAGAAUGCGAUUAUUACAAAAAGAAUGAAAAGGGCAAGAGAAGCGUACAUCGUUUCAUUACGGAAAAAGCUAUCUUUGCUCGCUGGGCACUGGAACAACCUCCAAUGUACUUUCAUACUCCAUUCUGGAACCCUUAGGGUCAUCGAAUUGAAGCAAAUAACGGGGCUUACUUCACAAAGCAGUAACUGAAGGGUAAGCCAAUGUUUCAUAUAGCAAACAUAUAAAUUAUUAACAGAUGCAUAGAGUGAUAAACGAUCAGUACUACCAGUAAGUAGAUUGCUGACUUAUUAUAAUUUUUUGUUAAACAUCUGUUUUGUUCUCUUUAAAGGUAGGGUCAUUGAUUGGUUUUGGUCAAUGUAAUGCUGAUUAAUAGGCAAACUUAUAAAUAAAGUGCAAUUAAAGUCAUAUAAGUUUUAGACAAUGUGUACUUGCUGAGAAACAGCAAAAAACUGUCAUGGUAUUUUUUACAAGAAUAUCCAAUCCAAUCAAUGUUUAGCGAGGUUAUCGAUUGGAAGUUUGUUCAACUUGGGUUUAUAAUUAUUGCUGCAAUUGGACUCCCUUCCCAUUUAAAUGAUAAUUACUGAAUGGACAGGGCCCAAAUUCACAAAGAUGGCAGCUUGUGUUUCUGAAGGUUGGGAGGGACACAGUUUGCUGGUCAAAGUACCUAGUAAUUUGGGUAACUUUAUGUUCCUGCAUUAAGUCACAUUUUCAAGAGAUUGUUAAUUUCAAAUUAAUGUAAGUUUUUAUUUGUGUACUGUUUGUAUAAAUUUGUAGUUCUAUGAAAUUUCUUCUCACCUUUAUCUAAAACAAUUUUGUAUUUGAGCAAGCAUGACAGAACCAGAGGUCAUGAGGUCAUGAUUUAAAGACAAAGUGUACCUUUGUUUUUACUUGCCAAGUAAGUUUUUAUGCUAACAAUUAUUUUUUUAGUACUUACCAAAUAGUGACCAGUGCCAUUAAUAUAAAAGUUUCAUGCACUGUAUAGCCAAAAAGAAUACAAAAGAAACCAGUUCAUUUGUACCACCCCAUUAAAACUAGUAAGUACAAUGUGUUGGUUUAUUUUUUGCUGGCGUUUCCAUGUAUGUUCAAAAGUUGCCAAAUCUGUAACACUUCUGUAGUUUUUUCCAAAAUCAUUCCUGUUAUUAUUAUUAUUAUUAUAAUUAUUAUAACGAGGCAUUUAAUUGAUGAUGCUGUCUGUGGAUGAUUGGCUGAUAAAUUAUGGCUUUUCACCAGACUGAUUGUGCUUCAGAAAGACGUCCAUUAAAAAGAACAAUAUUAAGGUAUUUAAAAUUAUAAAUGGUGUUUGAAGCUUUGCAUGGUGUGGAGAAUAAGAGUAACUAUCAAUAUAAAUAUUAAUAGUAAACUUGCGGGUACAACCAUGGGGAAAAACUCUUUUGAAUGAGUGGUAGGCCUACCACUCAUUCAAAAGAGAUUUAACCAUGAGUAAAAUCUCUUUUGAAUGAGUGGUAGGCCUACCACUCAUUCAAAAGAGAUUUUACUCAUGGUUGUACCUGCAAGUUUACUAUUAAUAUUUAUAGUUACUCCUAAAAUUGUAAAUAUUGAUGAGAAAACAUAAUUAAUGAGGUGCCAAACUGAGUUUCAUUAACUACAAAUGAAUAAGAGCUACACCAAAAGAAAAUGCUUUUGAAUUGAAAAAAAAACACCACCAGAAACGGUUUUUAAGUCCUGAAUUAUUAAUUAAUGCAGCUGUAUCUAAUUGAAAUAAAUAAUUAUUUGUUACUUAAUGUUCACAAGUAAUUUUGAUUAUAAUUAAUAUUUAUUUAAAGUCAGUGGACACUAUUGGUAAUUACUCAAAUAAUUUUCAGCAUAAAACCUGA